CUCAAAUAAAAACAACUCACACUUGAACUUCAUCAAAGAUGGCUUGUUUUGGGUUGGAUACCCAUAAAAAUACUCGAUUUCGUAAUGUUUUUUUUGAACGCUCUUCUCCUGGUUUACUACAAAUUUUACUUCAACAAUUCCGAGGUCAAAAAGCAACAGAGAUAGAUCAUCAUUUAUAUGAAUUUGGGUCUGUGGAAUAUCAUGUCCAGUGUUGUACUUCAGAUCCGCAAAACCUGUAUAUAUCGACAUCGACCCCAAUACUAGCUUCCGGAUCAAUCUGCUCGUCCACUAUACAAAAGGUUAAAGAUAUAAGCCCUGAUGUUGUCGACAUACUUCACCAACCAAGACAAGGAUAUCAACUCACACUACAACUGAAUCUUGCUCGUAUUCCACCAGGCAAAGGCGGAGUCAAGAUACUAAAGAAGAUAGCUGCCAUAGAAUCUGUAAUAUUGAGCUCUCAACUUAAGGAAAUGCUCCGUAAUUUCAGUACAGAGAAUGCCUCUGAAUGUACAAGCAAACCAAUCAGGAUUGUAUAUCGCCCAGGAGAGCCUUUCUUUGUUCUCAGACAGCCACAAAAAGUCACCGUUGUAUUCCCUAUGCGAUUUAAGGAAACAUCAGAUGUCGUGAUUGCAACGUCCUUUUUCCAGGAGCUGAUGGACAUCGGAAACUCUGAAGCAUUUAGUAAAGCACCCCAAUUCACAUGGACACCUAUACCUCCUCCAGAGUUGAGAGGAUUACUUAUAGAAGACUUGAGCACCAAUGGAGGAUUUGUCUCUUUUGACAUCUUUUCGCGCCAUGUUGAUGACAAAAGACUCGAUGAUACAGUGUGGAAUCUACUCAAAUUUUACACCUAUGUUAAAUCUUAUAUAAAGAGCACCAAGAGCUUUAUUCAAAGAAAGAUGAGGAGUAAAGUGGAGGAUUUGGUCAAGGUCUUGCAUCAACCAGAACAAGAUGAUUAUGAUCAUGAACAGCAGGAUCAAGGAUGCGGGUGGAAGAUGAAGCAGGUCAGUUCCACAACACUCAGAAAACUCAAAAAACAAUACGGUGGCGUCAAGAGAAAGAUCAACAGAAUGAGAUACCGGAUUCGAGUGCAAGGAAUCAAUGAAAUGAACAAGAAGAUCAAGAGAAUCCACCAUCAGAUUAAGAUCCGCAACCUUGGCCUACAUCGCCAAUGGUUUUCUACCCCCAGAUUUCACUCUGCAAACGGAUACACAAGAUUAGAGUAGUUCUAGUUAAGAUGUUUUAAAAUAUUUUCUUGUCUAGAUCAGCUAUAGAUGCACGAAGACCAACAAGCAGGCAGCAGCUUUUCAAGAACGUAGGCCGACUGAUAACAAUUAACUGAAAGAAAAUGAAAGAGAACAGCUUCAGGUACAUUUAACUGAAGCCUUAUGUGCUAUUCAACUAAGGUGCAUAUAUUAACACACUUCUUCAAGAUGGAGAUAAAGGAAUUACUGCCCUACUAAUUAUUCUCUGGUUAUACUGUUCUAAGAUACGGAUUUGUGCAGAAAGAUCAGAAUACUAUCAGUUUACGCUCCUUGUUCUUAAAUUAGAUUCACAUUUUCUAAAGGAAAUAUUCAUAACUUGUAAGUUUUAAGUCAUAGGCUCAUAGCAUGCAAACAUCAGAAACUUGUAGCUUGCAUCAUCGUCUUUACAUGUACCAGUAGAUUGAAAAUGAAAAAAUCAGUCAUUAAAGAGACUGAUAGUGUCUGCA